GCCGGAGAGGGUAGUCUUGCAGGGUACACUGUUCUGACAGGGUGGUGGCGGUCCAGAUGGCAUCCUGCUGAGUGAUGGAAAAGUUUGAUGUGCGCCUGAAGGUUCUCUAAUCGGUGCUGAAAUGAGAAAUUUGGCUCGGAGAAUGCGCCAAACGACAUGCGGAUAAAGGAAAGAACGACAACAGUGGUCCCUGUGAAUGUGGUGACAGCAAAGAAGCGAGAAAAAAGCCGUUCGAAUGUGUGACAGAGUUGGAAUUUGCCAGACUGGUAAUCCCUGGAGAGUUGGAUGCAUUGUCUUGGAGUUACUGGGAAACGGUGUCUAGCAACCGGAUCUAAACGCUUUUCGUUUCGCGGGAUACAAAAAGGGUUCUCUACUUGUAGCGUCGAACAACGAUGAUGCUGUCGGAAAUCUCGCGGUCUGGCGACGCCCCGAGCCAUGGCAACGGUGAUAUCCUCAAGGGCUACGACGACACCACCUCCCAAGACAACCUCACCAUGCCCCGGGGCACGCCGCCUCAGCUGCCGCCGCCGUUGCCCCCUCCACCGCCGGACUCAAUGGAUUCCAGUCACGACAACCUGGCCACGGACUUGCAGGACCUCAGGGCUCCUGCGCAGUUCGAAGGUACCGACUUCGACUCCGGAGGACGCAAGGAAUCCAACGGAUCUCAACUUCCUCCACCGAAACGACAACUGUGCAGAAAACACACCAAGUCAAACACGUGCAACAUCCUCAGCAGUCUCUAUGGCAAGAUCACCGUGGUGGCUACAGCGGUCCUGGUCCUGACGGAAGUCAUGGAAAACAACGUUCCCUUACUUUUCUUCCACGGUUAUAUCUACGCUUAUCUUCUCGGCGGUUCUGUGGUAUGCCUCAUGGGAGUGUAUGCCAGUAUGAUGGUGGAUAAAUGUCCCGAACUUACGGGCGCUUCCAUGGAAGACAUAGAGAACGGAUCUCCGAACAAACAACGGGUGAUGCUCAAAUGCUCUGACGUCAGCAUAUACCUCCGCAUUGGAGUGCUGGUGUUUGGACUCGGCACACUCAUUUCGUGCGGACUGGAGAUCGCCACAAUAUUCACCAUUCCGGAACCCUGCACGGAUCCCGUCAACUUAGCCAUGCCAGUUCUGCACGCAUUCUUCACGUUUCUCCAAAUGCACUUCCUCUUUAUGAACUCUCAGCGAGUUGCGAAGUCUCUCGGCUGCGCCCGUCACAUGGUACUGAUGCAUCUGGUGGCAACCAACAUCGCGGUUUGGAUAAAGCUCCUGCUCUGGGAGACUUCGAGCGAGUGGCUGCGGCAGAACCACGUUCUUCACUCUGAGCAAUCCAUCUGGCCGCCCAAGGGUCUGAACUUCACGACGCACGCCAUAGACGAAAAAGGGAACCACAGAGUCUAUUUCACCUCCGACUGUCUAUGGCGCCUGCAAGACAACGAACGAAGCGAAGACAUGUUAACUCUUCAGCUCUGCCUCCACAAUUCAACCAUCGGAGCCAUCUGGCAGAAAGCUAUGCCCUUCCUGUCCCCCUUCAUCGUUCAGUACAGUGUCCUAGGCGCUGUCAUCAUCUACACCCUUUGGGACAACUUUUCAUUCUGCACCAAAGGCGCUCGCGAGCACCGAUGCCCCGUCGCCAAUCACCGCUCCGAAACGGACAGUUCUGGAAGCUCCGGAAGUUUCCGUGUCAUCGACUGCCAAGGGUCCAGCAAAGGCCUCUUCAUAGGCCUACUCGUCCUGGUAGCCGGAAUCAUCGUUCUCAUCCUGUUCUUCGUUUUAAGCAACGAGGAGAUGGAAGCCGAGACACUUUCAGCCGUGACAACGUUACACUGCGCCGUACAAGGUCUCUCCGCGCUCGCCACAGUGGUCGGCAUCUGCAGAGUCCGUACGUUGCACCACAGAAGAGGAAGGAUGAGUUCAUUGAAUAGCCUGCUUCAAGGAAUCGGCGUGCUCGCCGUUUGCGCGUACGGCAUCUUCGGCAUCGUCGUCGGCGCCUCGAAGGCUCUGGAAAGUUCGGAUCACAUCCUUCUGCUCUUGGACGGAGCUUUCAUGGUGAUAUUAGCAACCCUUCAGUCCCUGUUCAUACAGGAAGUGGCAAGUCGCGGAAUCUCUCGAAAGCAAGAGACAAGGAGGCCGGGACUGCAGAUCGUCACGUUCCUCAUGUUCAGCAACCUUGUCCUGUGGCUUCUGGAGACGUUUACAAACCAGAACCACAUCUCCAGCCAGCAUCAACUGGCCAUGUUUGGUGCUAUAUCGUGGGGGAUUAUCUCCAGGAUUACGCUGCCGCUGGUGAUUUUCUACCGGUUUCAUUCCUGCGUAUUUCUCGUGGAAGCUUGGCGGCAGUCGAAUAUGUCCAGGAAAGAGUGAUCAGUGAAAGACAGUGAUUUUGGUUGUGCUCUACUUGCGCCCUAUGGACGGCAGCGUAGAGGUUGGUGCGCGAGGCUUAGAAAGGAACUCACUUGUGAUGGAUGUUUAGUCAGAGACAGUGAGCACGCGCGAGUCAGCAGUACUCAAUUAUAGAUGCUGCAUCAUGUUGUGACUUUACAGACGGCCGAUUACUGGCGAACAUGUUGUAAAGUUAUUUCCGUUUGUCCCAACUGUUUUGCAUUAAAAACGUGAACAAACAGA